GCCUACUUUUCUGAAAAACACCGUUAGCACAGACUUGAGUGAAAAUCAAUUUGACAUCCAGAGGAGGCCAUUUCCAUGGUUCUGACAAUGCUGUCACCUACAGCAUUAUCAAGAUGUGUUAUGUUUCUUAGAAGUAGGUACAGAUUCAUUGCAAAAGACAUAGGAACCCAUAUGCAAGCAAAGACUGUUGGCUGUUGUUUUUCCACCACUUGUGCCAAGAAUGCACGUUUUUUCAGCGACCCUACAGAGGCCGUUGGAGAUAUCCCAGAUGGCUCCACACUUCUAGUAGGAGGAUUUGGCUUGUGUGGGAUACCAGAGAAUCUGAUUAAUGGCCUACUUAGAACAGGGGUGAAAGGUAUCACAGCUGUAAGCAACAAUGCAGGAGUGGAUAACUUUGGCCUCGGCCUUUUGCUAAGAACAAAGCAAAUCAAGAGGAUGAUCUCGUCGUAUGUCGGGGAAAAUGCCGAAUUUGAGAGACAGUAUUUGUGUGGAGAGCUGGAGGUGGAGCUGACUCCUCAGGGCACGUUGGCAGAGAGGGUACGAGCUGGAGGGGCAGGCAUCCCUGCAUUCUUCACGGCCACCGGUUACGGCACACUGGUCCAGGAGGGAGGAGCUCCUAUCAAGUACAAUAAGGAUGGCAGUGUGGCUAUUGCCAGCGAGAGGAGAGAGGUGCAGGAGUUCAAUGGCAGGCAUUAUGUCAUGGAAAAAGCCAUCACUGGUGACUUUGCUCUGAUCAAGGCCUGGAAAUGUGACAAGGCCGGAAACCUAGUCUUCAGGAAAACAGCUCGAAACUUCAAUCAACCUAUGUGCAAGGCAGCUAAAGUCACAGUAGCAGAGGUUGAAGAAGUGGUAGACAUCGGGACAUUUGCUGCAGAGGACAUCCAUGUCCCCAGCAUUUAUGUGGAUCGCAUUGUGAAGGGAGCCAGCUAUGAGAAGAGAAUAGAGAAAAGGACGGUGCGGUCGGAAAAACAACAGCACAAGUCCAAACCGCAAAAGGAGUCUGACAUCACAAGGGAGAGGAUCAUUCGGCGCGCUGCCCUUGAGUUUGAGGAUGGCAUGUAUGCAAACCUUGGCAUCGGAAUCCCCAUGUUGGCAAGCAACUACAUCAGCCCUGACAUCAUUGUACACCUGCAGAGUGAGAAUGGCAUUCUGGGAUUGGGACCUUAUCCCACUGAGAGUGAAGUGGAUCCAGAGCUCAUCAAUGCUGGAAAGGAGACCGUUACAGUGAUGCCUGGGGCUGCCUACUUCUCCAGUGAUGAGUCCUUUGCUAUGAUCAGGGGAGGUCAUAUAGACUUGACGAUGUUGGGGGCCAUGCAGGUGUCCAAGUAUGGAGAUCUCGCCAACUGGAUGAUUCCUGGAAAGAUGGUGAAGGGCAUGGGAGGGGCGAUGGACCUGGUGUCCAGCGCUGGGACCAAAGUGGUGGUCACCAUGGAGCACUCUGCCAAGGGCGGGAAACACAAAAUACUGGAGAGAUGCAGUCUGCCCCUGACUGGCAAACACUGUGUGGAUCGCAUCAUCACAGAAAAGGCUGUAUUUGAUGUGGAUAAGACAUCUGGUCUCACCCUCAUAGAGAUAUGGGAAGGGCUGUCCCCUGAUGACAUUCGGGCUUGCACAGGCACAGACUUUAAAGUGGCUACGAACCUAAGACCAAUUCAGCAGAUCUGACCAGGAAUGUUCCCUCAGAGAUCCUUGGAAAAUGCUGCACAUCCAUUUCUAGGCACUUUUCAAUUAUUCAACUCAAAGAAGUUACAACCAGAACAUAUGGGACAUUUCACCUCACAUUCAGGAACAGAACACCUAAUAUUUCAAUGGACUAAAUAUGUUGCACCUCUGUGGUUUGUAUGUUAUUCAAUGCAUGUGAACAGUGCAACGUGGUUAUACUGACUUUACAUAUAUCACAGUCUGGAACUGACGAGAACUUACUUCGGAAUUCUGUUACAGAACCUUUCUAUAAUCAUGCCAUUUGUAGCAUACAUAGCACCAAUGGUUUUGAUGAAGGGCCUUUGUUUAAAUGAUUGUAUACAUGUAGCCUUGUUUAUCGACAAACUCUAUGGUAACUCGGAAGAACGUGACUGGGUUGAGAGUGAAAAACAGAUUAAAAGACAACUGUAUCAGC